GUGUGUCCGCUGAGCCCACUGAGCCUGCAAACGGAGCAGAAAGAGGGUCUCAAGGAGAGCGAUGCCCACGCUUUCCAGCAGUGACAACCUCCCACAACAACAUGCCUCUCGUCAAAGAUCUCCUCCACCCUCUCCAGAAGAGAAGAGGAGGCAGGAGAAGCACCUGGUGCAGAGCCCCAGCCCCUACUUCAUGGAUGCAACAUGCCCAGCAGGCUAUGCAAUCGCCACCCUCUUCAGCCAGGCACAAACGGUGGUUUUGUGUGUUGGUGGCUCCACUGUCCUCUUUCAGCCAACAGGAGGAACAGCAAGGCUUACAGAAGGAUGCUCCUUCAGAAGGAAGCAGCACUAAAAGCACCCCAAAUCAAGAUGAGUGGGAAACCAUCCCAGUAAACACAUCUUGAAUAAAAAAAAUAAAAAGACACCAUACCGUCAAGCAAAACAGACCUGGACGCUGAGACCUCCACUCCCAGCUCAGGGGCUCACAGGCUUGCCCUGUGACCUUGAAAUUCUCUCUGCCAGGCCACCAUGCCACUGGCUUAAAAUGGAACCCAGGGAAGUAUAGUUUCCACAAGAGGGAAGUAUACUUUCAAGGAGAGAGAAAACCACAAGCAGGCAACAAAGACCCCUGCCAAGCCAAGGAGAGGGAGGAGGUCAGACAGAAAUCAGCAAGGGCUGGGCCUACAGAACCGGGGGGUGGAGGAUGGGGAGUGUGUGAUGAAGGCCCAGAAAUCAGGGGCCUGGGCCCGAUGGGGGACUAGGGCCCAGCAAACUGCCAGGGUUACAAAGCCUCGGUAUCCCUGUCUGAGGUGGGAAUCAGACAGCGGGGUUGUGCCAAGCCUUGCGCAGAGACUGGCACAUGUAGGUGGCUCAAACUCAGCAACUGUCCCUAAAACCAACAGUGACCUGUGGAAGGGGGAGGGAAAGAAACAGCCAUCCCUCAGAGGGAGCAAGACACCACUGACAGGGCAGGAGGGAUGAAGGGUGACCAGGGUUGAAGUGGGGCGUGCGCCAAGGUCAGCCCCACUGAUUCCUCAUGAGAGAAAACCAAGUGUUCCAGCAGUUACGUGUCCCAGCAGUUCAGCAGUUACAUGUGCUGCCCAGGGUCAUGAAUACGACCCUGGGCAGAGGGAGGACACGGGGCCCACGAGCUCUGCUCCUUCCUGAGGAACGGGGUCCCAGUGUGCCACCCAGACUGUUAGGGAAUAUCUGAUAUCUGAUUUUACUGUAAGUAUUGGCAACUAAUUUAAAAAUUUAAAAAGAAGCAAACACACUGACGAUCAUUAUUUGAUUCCUGGGACAUGAGUUUGAGCAAUCUAGGCAUACUACAAAAUUGCAUAAAAUUUAGAGAACAAAACAGUGUUUUCACUGUUUAAAUAAAGCACUGAAUUAUACAGCACAGUUGAGGACCAUGGAAUAUUUGUGGAGCACCAGAGCAGAAGCAUUAGCGUAGCGAUGCUGAGAAAUUCUCUGGGUUUCCCAGGAGAGAGCCAACUUCCAAGGUCAGCCUCGCCCAUGUGACUCUGAAGUGAAUGCAGACACCCCAUGUCCAAGCCAGCAUGUCUACGUGCAGCUCCCGCCACAGAGAGAGAAAGCCAGCACGACAAAGCCAGGCUUACUGUAGGCUCGGCGGGAGCUGGAGCCAGCUGUGUGCUCCAGAAAGCCCUGCGGGGGGCCAAGAGGGCCACACGAGGGAAAGAGCACGACAGUGAGCCAGUCACUCUGGUGGGAAGAGGGGUGCACCACAACCAGCAGGAGUCUGGGCCUGGAGGAAUGAGGGGCCCAGAGAGG